CCACAGCCUCUUCAAUAGGUGUGUGCAGAGAGGACUGUGAGAUUAUAAAAGAGAGAUCUCAGACUGAGGAUAUCAUCCAAAAAAUUAUUGAGUGAGGAGCAUAGGCUUGGUUCAUUUUCUCCACCAGUUCUCUCAUCUGCUGGGUCAGCAAGUCAUUCGAAUUGUAUAUUCCUGAUCACUGUAUAAAAACAAUUGAAAUAUGGAAGGCAAUGAACGCAGGCAAGGUUCUAAUCCUCAUGAUCCAUCGGUGAAGAGAAGAUCUCCUGACAGUGGUUUAAGCUCCUCUGACCGACUGCAGGAAGAAUCCAUGUCUAGUUCUUCUUUCGACAGUGCUACACCUGGGGUUCAGAGGAUGCAAACAUCUAAUAUGCUUGCAGGUUCCAGCUCAGCUGCAGGGACUGGAGAAAUCUUUGAGAGAAGAAUUAGGCAAAGAACCAUCCCCAACCCAGAGAAUUUGGUAUCUUCUGCACCCAUUGCUCCUGAGCAAAGGGGGCAACACUCUGGUGAAUUGAACACUGAGCAAGGAGGGCAGCAGAACAAUCGCUCCUUGCAAUUGCGAGGUUCUCUCCCGCAGAGGGACCCAACUCGCAAUCCAGGUUGGAUCAUCAUAAUCCCAGACACAGCCCUUGCAGGCCGUGUUCCACAAGUUGGUGAUCCUCGGGUCAGAACUAGACUGAUAUCUGAGGUUCGAUAUGCCAUGAGACUCCAAGGCAGCGGUGGCACCAUACAGUAUCAGAGCCAUAUUAGGGUUCCAGGGCACUGGUGGUUAUUUGGUGUGAUUUGCCAGCCUGAGGAUGAAGAUGAUGAGGAUGAUGAGAUGCAUCUUGACAUCGACAGCAUGUCAUAUGAGGAAUUGCUUGCACUUGGAGAGCACAUUGGAAGUGUGAGCACAGGGCUUAGUGAGGAAGUAAUUAUGGCUAAGAUGGAGCAAUGGAAGUAUAGCUGCUCAAAAACAGGCUCUUCAGUUGAUGCAGAGAUUUGUUGCAUAUGUCAGGAGGAGUAUGCAGAUGAUGAUGGUGUUGGAAAUCUAGACUGUGGGCAUGUGUAUCAUGUUGCCUGCAUCAAGGAAUGGUUGGCACAGAAGAACUCAUGCCCCAUUUGCAAGAAUACUGCCUUGGCUACUUGAGAGUGCAGUCCUCAGCAGGAAUGGUUGCCUUGGCUCAUAUCAGUCAUAUGUCUUGGCACAGAAGAACUCAGGAAUCUGGCUUCUUGUUCAUGGACAAGAAGCAGAUUCUACUUCCUUUGUGAUUGUGUAUUCAGAGACUAUUGUCAAGCCGGGAUCAAUACUGUUAAAUGUAUAAGUACUGUACAAGCUUUCAUGUGGAGGUCGCUUUUGGCAUUUUUCAUAGUUGGCAUUUUUAUUCAGAGAAUCUUUAAGGUUUCUUUUAUCUUUAAUCUAGCUAAUUUACAAUCUUGCUAGUUAGUAAAGAUCUCCAUGCAUUAGGCUUUCUCA